CUGUUUUGAAAAGUUUCCUUUCCAUUUUAAAUUGUAUAUUUGAUCAAUUUUAGAUGCAACUUUGGACAACCAGGUUUCUUUUCUCGUUUUUAUGUCUUUGUUCUCAAUUGAAUACGUAUGCUAACACUGUACUAGCACGAGAUCGAAUCGAAGUCCUUGUAAUCUCUUUGGCGUUAUUCCAUCGCUCCUUUGGCACAAAAGGCCCGCUCACCAAUGGCCGCACUGUAGUGCAUCUUCCCUGACUGACGCAAGGAAUGAAAUGCCAUCCACGUUUCUCUUGCCCCUCCUCCUCCUCCUCAUCAUCAUCAUCAUCAUCAUGCCUGAGUAGCGACUACAGCAAGGGCUAUGUUCAAGUUGUCCAAUGAAUAGACGACGUUAACGUCUGUAGCAUCUGUAGCAUCAAGUUGAACGAGCCCGUGGGUAGGGUGUCGCACUCUCUGACUAGAAAUGCUCGUUCUGUGCAUGGCAUUCAGUAUUCAGUGACGAGCAUUGUGUGGUGCCUUCACUUCAUUCUAGGAUGCGGGGGCCAACAUUCACUAAUCGGGUUCUUCACCUUGGGUUUCCAGGGUCACUAAUACUCCCCGUCUAUCUCUCUUUGGUCCUGAUCAAAUUGGGUCACGCCCAAAGUAAUCAAGACUCCCUUAUGGAAGGGGCCACGCCCACAGAAGCAUCCACAGCUCAGUCGACACGAACCACGAACAACAACAACAAUGUGGAAGUGAAGGCUGAUGAAGACAAUGCCGACCAAGUGCAGUUGAUGAUGCGCAAACUGGAAGCUCGAGUGGCCGAGUUAGAAGAAAAGCUUCACUCCCGAGAAACUUCUUCUACCUUUGUGAGUGACGAUGUCGAUGAAAAUGUGUUUGUGAAGCUCCCAUCGUCCAGCAAAAGCUUUCCCGAGGUCAAGUUCCUCAAUUAUCAAGAUCGUAAGCGGAUAUUGAUCACAGGGGGUGCGGGUUUUGUCGGAUCCCAUCUGGUUGAUCGGCUAAUGUUGGCCGGACAUGAAGUGAUUGUGGUGGAUAACUUCUUUACCGGAAGGAAACGAAAUGUCGAGUUAUGGAUUGGUCAUGAGAACUUUGAGUUGCUCAAUCACGAUAUUGUCAAUCCCCUCCAUGUCGAAGUGGAUGAGAUUUAUCACCUGGCCUCGCCCGCUAGCCCGCCCCACUACAUGUACAACCCGGUCAAAACCAUCAAGACCAACACCCUGGGAACGGUCAACAUGUUGGGUCUGGCCAAACGAGUCAACGCUAAGAUCCUCGUGGCCAGUACUUCGGAAGUUUAUGGUGACCCCGAGGUACAUCCCCAAUCGGAAAGCUACUGGGGCCACGUGAACCCGAUUGGGCCGCGGGCUUGCUAUGAUGAGGGCAAGCGCGUGGCCGAAACUCUGGCCAUCUCCUACGAGAAGCAGAGCAAAGUGGAUAUCCGCAUCGCCAGAAUCUUCAACACAUAUGGACCGAGAAUGCACAUGAAUGACGGCCGAGUUGUGUCCAAUUUCGUUUUGCAAGCCCUUCAAGACGAGCCGAUGACGGUCUAUGGCGAAGGGCAACAGACCCGAUCAUUUCAGUAUGUCAGUGACCUAGUGGACGGUCUGAUGCUGCUCAUGGCAUCCAAUUACACGAAGCCGGUCAACAUAGGCAACCCCAUCGAGCGCACGAUCUUAGAUUUCGCCCAAUUGAUCAAAUCUCAAGUGAAAAGUGCCAGUCCCAUUGUUCACCGUCCAGCUGUGGAGGAUGAUCCCCAACAACGAAGGCCGGUGAUCACUUUGGCCAAAGAAGUGUUGGGUUGGUAGCCAAAUGUGGAGCUCUCCAAGGGUCUUCAAACAACCAUUGAUUACUUCUCCCAAGAGUUGAAGCGCUCCAAACAUUCAGAGAGAAACAAAAUUCAUCCAGACGAGUAUUGGCUCAGCGACAAAUCAGAGAGUUCGUUGCCCAGCAGGAGGAAAGGCACGAAACAAGAGCUUUAGGGUCUCGGUUUUGACCAUCUCAAAUUUAGAUUCAUCGAUAAAUACAUUGAGUUGUUAACCAAUAUAGAUCAUGGACCAUG